AUGAUAUCAUAUAUCUUUAUUAACAGUAGCGAGCAAAGCAGUUCACCUCCGAACGGCCUACCUUAUGGACUUCUGCAAGACAUCCGACUGUCCGCGAACGCCCGCCGGCCCAGUGAGCGACCGACGCAGACGUACGAGGCGGACCGAUACUACACGUUCCACUUGAACGAAUCGCAUAUUGACGACGAAGACGCAAAUUCCACACAGGCCGUUUUGCUAGAGGAGGCCGAGGAAUGUUUCGCCGGUUUGAAGACGACGACGGAGACUGCAACGAUAAAGAGCGCACGAGGCACCGUCCGCGGCGUGAAGAAUCGCGUUCGAGCCGGUAUCGCCACGUUCUUGAUGGCGAGCGCGGGAGCCGGUCAAGCUAACGGACGCUUGGACACAUCCAAAGAUGCAGGACGCGUUGUACUCUAUUGUACUAGUAUGGGAAUUAUACGACACACGUACCAGCAAUGCUCGAUGGUGCGCCAGAUUUUGCGGACUUUAUUGGUGAAAUACGAAGAGCGAGACCUAUUCAUGGCAUCGCACCAUCGAGAACAGCUGCAACAUCGAUUGGGGACGUCAAGCAUCGAGUUGCCGCAACUCUUUGUCGAUGGACAACAUAUAGGAGGAGCAGAAGCAGUGGAACGUCUGAACGAGUCUGGUGAACUGAGGCGCCUGCUGAGGCCAUACCGUUGUUCACCAGAAGCGCUGACGCCUUGUCGAAUUUGUGGUGGUUACAGGCUGCUGCCCUGCCAAGUCUGCAAUGGAUCCAAAAAAUCCGUUCAUAGGAACCAUUUUACCGCCGAAUUUGUCGCACUUAAGUGCAUGAAUUGUGAUGAAGUCGGUUUAGUAGCAUGCGAGUCAUGUUGA